AGAGGCAUUCCACUCCAACUCCAAGGGAGGCGGUAGAACAUGCAUUGGUCUGUUAACGCCGCUGAAAGAGAAGAGAAGGAGGAGACGGAAGUGGAAACUGUUUGUUGUGGUGCAGAUAUGGCGGGUGUUUCAAACGAACAGAUUAAACAACUUUCUCAGAAAGUCUACAAAAGUUUACAGACGCUCGGAUGUCCUCUGGUAGAAGGGCUUUGUCUCAGGGAAGCCCAGAGCAUGCUGGACCUCCUCUGCACACCGUCUGUUCAUCGCACAGACAUUUUGAAAUGGAUCAGUGUCAGUAUUUGUCCCCGGCUAAAAGCAAAGUUUGACGUGCUGAGAAAGCAAGAAAGGAGGAUGGAUGACGAAAACAAUGCGCUCCUAAACUUUGGCUAUGAGCUGAUGCUGUGUAAUCUUACUGACAUGGAUUUAAUAAAGGGCACUGCUCCGCCACUGAGGCAGCUCCUCUUUCUGGAGCGGCUAAUAAGUCUGGUGUCAGACCCUGCGCCCGGCAACAACAGCAGUGUCGCCGCUCCGGAGGACAGUCUUACAGCUGCCGAUGGGGCCGCCUCGCGUGGUUCGGAGUGCAGCAAGUGGACGGAGAGGCUACUGAGGGAGCUGAUGGCCCACCCCAGCCUGCUGCAGCAGCUGCAGAGCUCCAAGCUCAGCCCCCUGCCCCCCAGCGCCAGGGCCCUCUUCUCCACACUCAACAAGACCUCCAUCUCCUCCUCCACUGCUGCUGCUGGGGGAAAGCAGCAGCAGCAGCAGCAGCAGCAGCAGCAGCUGAAGUCAGUGCCAAGGAAAGUCACUGAAACUGAGCUGCAGGAGGCCAGAGACCAGUUGCAGACCACCAAGAGCGCACUGGAGGAACUGCAGAAACAGUGUGAGUUCCUGGACUCCAGCCUGCCCCUGCCCACGUCUCCUCAGCAGCUGCCCCACUCCUCGCGCAAGCUGCACCUGGCGGCCACCGACCUCCAGCACCUCAUGUCCACCUUUGGCCACAUCUACUACGACUUCAAGGUCUACUGCGAGAAACCUCCUCCCAAGCCUCCGCUCAACACUGACAUCUUCCGCACAGUUGGCCAACUCCUGAAAGCCAGCAAUAUGGAACUUCAGACGUAUGACCAUUUGACAGACACGUCAUCCUCCGUAAGAGAUGAUUUAACAAGCCUGCAGACUGAGAAGCAUUUCUAUUCUAAUGGGGAGAUGCAGAGUCUAACUACCAUGUUGGAAUCGCUUCAGAAGAAAUAUACUAGCCUUCUGUCCACCCCACAUGAUGGUCUGUAGAUCUCGUGACCUGUGAGUCUGUAGUCAAACAGAAUGUUUUUGUAAGAUGUGUAAAUGUACUAUUUUGUCAUGUAAUGUCACGUUAAUCUUUUAUUAUACUUGUUGUCAACUAAUAAAAUGUUUAAUGGAA